AUGGCAAACGUGACGCUGGACCCUGAGACCGCCCAUCCCCGCCUCAUCCUCUCCAAGGAUCAGAAGAGCGUGAGAUGGGAAUACGUGCUGCAGGAGUCUCCUGAUAGCCCCGAGCGGUUUGACGCCGAUCCUUGCGUGCUGGGCUGCGAAGCCUUCACCUCCGGGAGACACUACUGGGUGGUGGAUCUAGCCGAGGGACAGUACUGCGCCGUCGGCGUCAGCAAAGAGUCUCUGCAGAGGAAGGGACCCAUCAGCUUCAAUCCUGAGGAAGGGAUCUGGGCAGUGCAGCAAUGGGGAUUUAAGAACCGCGCCCUCACCUCCCCUCCAACCCUCCUUAACUUGCCACGGGUCCCCAGAAAGAUCCGGAUCUCUCUAGACUACGAAUGGGGAGAGGUGGCGUUUUUUGACGUUGAUAACAAAAUACCCAUCUUCACUUUUCCUCCGGCUUCCUUCGCUGGGGAGCGGAUCCGGCCGUGGUUCUGGGUGGAGCUGGGCUCGCUCUCUCUGGUCCGAUUACCCUUGUGUUCCUCCUUGCGCGGAGAGCUCGGCGCUGGCGUUGAGAGGACUCUCUUCUUCGUCAACAGCUGGAGAAGUCUACGCUUGGAGGAGAUUAAAAACUCUCCUUCGCCCAACCUGCAUACAAAUGCAGGCCCUUUGCCCUUGGCCAAAGAAAAGAUGUGGCAAACCCCCUGUGCCUGCCCACAUGGCUCCCAGGUGCCUGGUCAAUGCACCAACAUCUCCACAGUGGAGGUGCCAACCGGAGAGGUCAACGCCCGUGCUGCAGACUUGCACUUCGGCGAGAUAAACCUCGAUGCCCAAGAGACGGACAUUAAAAUCCGAGGCUUGCUGGGGGGCAAUCCAUCCCUUCCUAAAAUUAACGUCUGA